AUGGCUCUUACAGAACUCCUCAUCUCUCCCUGGGCACCUUUGGGUCUUGUUGUUGCCAUCGUUGCAUGGUAUAUCCUACCAUGGAUCAGCAACAAAGACCUCCGCGGUAUUCCCGCACCUUUCCCAGCACAAUUCAGCAACCUCUGGUUACUGUCCACUUGUCGAAAAGGGAAACGAUACGAAAUCGUUGAUCAAGUUCACAAGAAGCUGGGCGUUGUCGUGCGCAUUGCACCAAAUCACGUAUCAAUUGCCGAUUCCGAGGCUAUCAACACCAUCUAUGGUCACGGAAAUGGUUUCUUGAAAGCUGACUUUUACGACACCUUUGUAUCUAUCCGUCGCGGUCUUUUCAACACACGCGACAGAGCUGAACACUCUCGCAAGAGAAAGAUUGUUUCGCAUACUUUUGCUCCCAAGUCUGUUCUCGAGUUUGAGCCUUAUAUCCGACAGAAUCUUGAAGUCUUUAUCAAGCAGUGGGAUCGCAUCGCUAGCAACAAAGAGCGCGAUGGCUACGGACGCGUUGACUGUCUCAACUGGUUCAAUUUUCUCGCUUUUGACAUCAUCGCGGACCUGGCUUUCGGCAAGCCAUUUGGUAUGCUUGAAUCUGGUGCCGAUAUUGCUGAAGUAAAGGCUUCUCCCACCAGUCCUACUAUCUAUGCCCCAGCCGUCGAAAUCAUGAACCGUCGUGGUGAAGUCUCAGUAACUCUCGGCUGUCUCCCUCAACUCAAGCCCUACGCCAAGUAUCUCCCUGAUCCCUUCUUUAGCCAGGGUCUCCAGGCCGUUGAGAAUCUCGCUGGUAUCGCCAUUGCACGUGUUAGCGAACGUCUAGAGCGCGGUGGUGACUCUACCCGAAAGGACCUUUUGGCUCGUCUUAUGCAGGGUCGUGAUGAGAAGGGUGAACCUCUUGGACGCGAUGAACUUACUGCCGAGGCACUUACUCAGUUGAUUGCGGGUAGUGACACAACUUCCAACUCUUCUUGCGCUUUGUUGUAUCAUGUUGUCAGGACACCUGGAGUCAUGCAGAAGCUAUAUGAAGAGGUCACUGCUGCUAUACCCGAGGGCGAAGACAUUCCUGAUUUCGAGUCUGUAAAGCAUCUUCCCUACCUCGGCCACUGCAUCAACGAGACCCUUCGAAUUCACUCCCCUUCUGGUAUCGGUCUGCCCCGUGAGAUCCCUCCUCAUCAUAAGGGAGUGACUAUCCACGGACGGUACUUUGGUCCCGGCACAGUUCUCAGUGUACCUACAUACACAAUCCAUCACUCGACAGAAAUCUGGGGUCCUGAUGCCGAAGAAUUCAAGCCUGAGCGUUGGGAGACCUUGACUGAUAGGCAGAAGAAUGCCUUUAUUCCUUUUAGCUACGGGCCUCGUUCUUGUGUCGGGCGCAACCUUGCGGAACUUCAACUUAGGGUCAUCACAGCCACAUGGAUUAAGCGAUACAAUGUCAUUUUGAGACAGGAUGUUAUGGAAACACGGGAAGGGUUUCUGCGCAAACCAAUGGGAUUGGAUGUGGGAUUGGCUAGACGAUAA